GAGAGUGAAAGCGCACACUCAGCGGCACUCCGCACUCCGACUGCAAUAACGGAACUUGUCUCACGUCCACCGACAUGGGAGCUGCACAAAGCGAACAAGGGCACUCGACGAAGGCCGAACUGGUGGCGAAGAUAAAGACCCGGUUGGCGUCAGUGGACCCGGUCAAGGCGAAGGAGGUCGGUGGUGUGUUCCUCUUCAACGUAAUUAAAGGCACCACCGUUUAUUCUUGGACCCUUGACCUCAACAAAGUCCAAGUUUACGAAGGGGAGCCCGAAGAAGACCCGGACACCACCUUCACGCUCAACGAACACUACUUCAAACAACUGGUCCAAGGCAGAGAGGAUCCCAGGGUCAUCAUGCAGGCUGGCAGAUGUUCAGUCACCGGAGACAUCAUGAGGGCAAUGAAAUUAGAACCUUACAUUAAGUUGGAUUAGAGUUUAGUUUUAUGUUAUUUAUUAGUUUGUGGUGUUUAGAUAUGGAUAAAAGAUGGCGUUGUUAUAAAAAUAUGUGUAACAUAUCAUCGAUGAUAUUUAGAUUUAAGUAGAUAAUUGUAGCUUUAAUUAAUUAUAUUUUAAUUACAUUUU